GGCAUCCAUCACCGUCAUCCUGUCUCAUAUACCGACCCCCGUCUCCAUCCUGCCGGCUCAGCUUGCCCCCCAGCAGCUCGAGUAUCGAACCCCACCGGACGACAGGCUUCACCACAUCCCCCUCCGCAACAUCAUGCAGUACCCGACGGCGACCCACCUCAAAGUACGCUCGCCACACGAUGCCCAAGUCAUCUUCCACGCCGUCGCACUCAAGGUCCUCCCAAUGGUCCAACGAAGACUCGAUACCGAGGAACGCCGCUCCAUCACAUCCGGCUGCGUCUUCGUCUGGGAGGAGCGGGGCCCCAACGCGGAGGCCACUGGCCUUGGCAUUGAGCGCUGGACGGACGGCAAGAGAUGGGGCCCAAGUAGAGUUCGCGAUGAGUUUCUUUUCUACCACGAAAAGGACCCCGAACCCGUAGAUGGGAUGGACACAGAUCAUGAUGGAGCUACACAUGUCCGGUCUUGCCUUGUGAAACAGACUUAUUCAGUGUUCGUUGAAACAAAUCGCGGCCGGCGCAAGUGGCACAUGAUUGCUUAUUUCACGCACGAUACCGUUGACUACCUCCGCACCAUCGACGAAAUUCCAGACCUUGCUCGCAUUUCCGUCCCAUCGGGCUUAUACCGCUCUGCGCGACAUAACCCAGGCCAGCGCCGAGAUCGCGACCUUUGGGCCGAACCCAGCCGCGGUCCUCAGUACCGCCCGUAUUCUUACCCAGCGGUGGCCCGCCAGCCAUCGCCACCUCCAACCUCGUCAAUGCCACUUAUUGCGCCUACGCCAGGAUCAAACUCUGCACCCCCGUCGGUGGGUGCACGAGAAAAUGGGCAAGAACUCGCCCCACUUGUCUACCUCGAAAACCUUGCGCCUCGCCGGCGUCACCCAGUUGACGAGGAGGCUCUGAUGGCCCUUCAUCCGCCUGCAGGGUUGUCCUGACUCUCGGUCCAGUACCAGCACGUUGGACGUGCACCCUAUACUCUCCCUUCGGAUGGCAUCGGAAGGAUACCAUACCAUGGGGCUCUCCAGUCCCACCUAGCCCGCUAUUAGCCCACACGGACACACUCGCACUUCUUUUCAUCAUGAUCCGCACUGCACGCUAUCGUCCAGGCUCUGUUGUCUAGCUUUUAGUAUCUAUCUAGAUCAGUCUCCACACUGUCGGACCACCUCUCGCUACUUGUUGUCUUUUUCUGUACACCGUUCGCGCUUACUUGUAGAGUUACGCACAUGUAUGAAUGUACCCAGCUCGCCGUGUCGCACCAUGCGUACCCGAACUGGGCGGAAUGAAAGGGAAACCAUGGAUUGUAUGGACUUCUUUAUUCCAGCCACC